AAACAACGUGAGACAACCAUGACUGGCAAAACACAGACCAGCAACGUCACUAAUAAGAAUGAUCCCAAAUCCAUCAAUUCCCGUGUUUUCAUUGGCAAUCUGAACACAGCCAUUGUCAAAAAAGGUGACAUAGAGGCCAUCUUCGCAAAGUAUGGAAAAAUAGUUGGAUGCUCGGUGCAUAAAGGUUAUGCUUUUGUACAGUAUAUGAGUGAACGACAUGCCAGGGCUGCAGUGGCAGGAGAAAAUGCCAGGAUCAUUGCAGGUCAACCACUUGAUAUCAACAUGGCUGGAGAACCCAAACCCUAUAGACCCAAACCCGGAAACAAGAGGCCCCUUUCAGCUCUUUACAGACUUGAAUCAAAGGAGCCAUUCCUGUCUGUUGGUGGUUAUGUCUUUGAUUAUGAUUACUACAGAGAUGAUUUCUACAAUCGGUUGUUUGAUUACCACGGGCGUGUUCCCCCACCUCCCCGAGCAGUGAUACCCCUGAAACGUCCCCGGGUGGCUGUGACAGCAACUCGUAGAGGCAAAGGUGUUUUUUCCAUGAAAGGGGGAUCGAAAUCUACAUCAAGUGGGACUUCUUCUUCAGGAUCAAAAUUGAAAUCAGAUGAGUUACAGACAAUCAAGAAAGAAUUAACCCAAAUCAAAACUAAAAUUGACUCCUUGCUAGGGAGACUGGAGAAGAUUGAAAAGCAGCAGAAGGCUGAGGCAGAAGCUCAGAAGAAGCAAAUGGAAGAUAACAUAGAGUUGAACCAAGAGGAAUGUGUGUCAGAGAAUGCAGACAACUCUACAGAAGAACCAAUUGAAGGAGGACCAGAUGCAGAUGGAGAUGGAGAAGAGAUGACUGAUGGGAUAGAGGAGGACUUCGAUGAAGAUGGAAGUAAUGAGCUGGUAUGA